AUUUACGGAGCAGUUGCCGGAUAGCAGAUGCUUUCCGAUGGAAAGGCAACAAGCUGGCGUCUGCUAGCAACCUGCAUGAGAGCAAUACACCGUCACUGUCUUCGUGCGUUUAACCACGCUGUAGCUAAAGAUCAUUUUUUAAACAAUGGCAAACUUAACAAUAGCUUACAUUUUGUGGUUUUUUCUGGGAAUAUUUGGUGUUCACCACUUUUACCUCCGGCGGGAUCGCCAAGCCUUCGUGUGGUGGAGUACUCUAGGCGGCUUUUGUGUCGGCUGGGUUAGAGAUCUUUGGCGUCUUCCUGAGUAUGUGAAGGAGUGUAACGAAGACCAGAAUGUAGAUGUCAGGGACCGUAAUGACAACAGUUUUACUGUAAGAUCCAGAGGAAAACCGAAAGUAGGGUUUGCUAGAUUUUUUGGAAUGAUGAUGAUGGGAAUCAUUUUGGGGUACUUGGUACAGGCUGCGUGCCCCAAAGAAGUGUUCAACAGUCCAGGCAUUGUUGGUUGGAUUUGUAGUAUGGUGAUUCCUCCAUUUGCCGCUGCCAUCGGUGUACACCUUGUGGCCAACAUUGGACUACUACAAGCAAGCUUGAAGUGGCCAUUGAUUGGAGCAUAUUUAGGCAGUCUUUGGCUUUUAGAAGAUCCCAAUAAUAUUGGUAUGGUCAGUCUUUUGUCUUCACUGGCAACUUUUUUCCAAGGUUUUAGGUGGAAGCCAGUUCAGAAGCAUUGCGGACUUUGCAAACGUCUGACUAUUUUAAGCCUUCUGUGGACAGCAUACUUGUUGCUUUUGGGCUCAGCACUGUACUAUAAUGCUAACAUCAUCACAAAGGAUGGUGAGUCAGUCCCAUUGCGAGAGGCGGUCCACCACUUCUUCAAAUCUCCAGCUUGGACACAGACAAAGGAGUCAUUCAGGCGAUUGUGGUACUCUUUGCAGGCUCAUGGCUGGAGGAACGUUCUAAAUGAGCUGUUGAAGGAUUUAGAUCCACAAGGAGAGGCAAAUGCAUACAAGGUGCUCGGACUGGAUGACUCUGCAACCCAGGAAGAUAUCAAAGCUCAGUAUCGGAAACUAGUAAAGGAGUGGCAUCCUGACAAGCACAAAGACUCAGAAAAAGAGGAAUCUCAUCAAAGGUUUAUGGAGAUUCAACAAGCAUAUAACACAUUAUCUACGCUUAAAGCUCGCAGGACACAAAAAAGUAGCAGCUUUUCAGAAAAAAAGCAUACAGAAUUUUAAAUGUUUACAUAUGAUUUUGUCAAAUAUCUGCUGUUUUAUGUGAAUGAGGAUAGAUGGAAAUUACAAAAACCAAAAUGCAUUUGUGUGCAAGGCAGAGUUGUAUUUAUAAGAUGAGGCAGUUCAGAUCAUAUGUUCUGUGUCUUUAAUCUGGUAAUAAGCAUGCCAAAAAAGUUCUAAACAAUUCCUUGAACCAGAGUUAGUUACAGGGCUCAAAUGGUUUUACAUUAGGCAAACUGUCAGUCACCUAGAGUACAAUUUCUUUUGAGAAGGCACAAAAAUGAGAAAAUUUAUUAAUUUGGGGAGGUGCUAUUGAUGGUGCUCAAGGAUAGCUAUAAGAUAUUACUCUUGAAGGCCAAAUUUUCACCGGCUUGCAGGAAAGAAUGGAUUUGAUCUGGCGAAGGAAAGUAGGGGAGCUUGUCAGGCCAGAUGGAAGCAAUUAGCAAAAAAUGACUACUAGGGUAGCCAGCACAAUGUUUGCUCCUCACCUCACUCGCUCAGGUUGAACCAUUCUUUCCUACAAUAAGCUUAAAGUUUGGCUUUCAGAUGUAAUGACAUGAACAAAGUUAAUGUAGAACAUGGUUGGUUGGGGAGUAGAGAAUGUAGUGGAAAUAUAGCCACGACUAGUUCUGUUUAAUUUUAUAUUUUCAGUAUUGAUAUUUUAUCAACAUGACAGUGAACCAAGCAUGUCAUUGUGACAAAUGGUGAAAUGUUUCUGUGUGGAUCACAUUUAUUUUUAUCAUGACAAAAUGUGUCCAGAUGACAAAGUUGUAAAACUAUGCAAUUUUUUCGUGCUAGUGUAACUUGUAGACUACAGUUUUGGCAAAUGGCUUUUGUCGAUCUUUCACAACAUAUUUUCUGUUUGUCUUUCUUAUUUUGAUAAUAUUUAUAAUAUUGCACCAAGUUCUAGUUAGAAGCUACUCAUCAUGCAUGUCACACCUUCCAUCCCAAUUCAAAAGAAAGUCCAAUCUAUCAUGAUGCUCAAAUUAAAGAUACUUUCAACUGGAUAUUACUAUGGACCACUUUAAAAAGUGUUAAGAAGUUAAAAAGAACAUGUUAUCUAAAUUUGUUUUUCCCCAAACCCCAUUUUCUAUAAUGCAGCUAAAUAAAUUUAAAAUGAGGAACUUAUCACUUACUAGAACAUUUGAAUCUCAACAUAUUUGUUUCUGUAUUCACUUUAAAUUGUUGAACAUCCUUAUUAGGUGGUGGUCACCUAUAAUGUCAAAUAAAUAUAUACAAACUAUUUACAAUACCUUUGUACAUAAAAUUAAUUAGCCCAUUUUUUGACAUCCCUCUAGUUCUCUUAAUAUCCUUUGGGAAUAGAUGGUACUUGUAGUAAAUGUUUUUCAGUCUCAUUAUAAUCAAUGGCAGAAUUUCCCUUUAUUACAGACCAGAUGUACACUGCUGACUCUGCUGAGAAAUACUUUUAUGCAUACUAUUUUUCAAAAGAAAUAAAAAUAACCCGAUUUAUGCAAUAUUUUUGCUUUGAUAUCCUGCAGUUUUAUCCUGAAAUAUUGCUCAUCUAAAUGGCCUGUGAAUUACACAAUGUAUGAACUUUAUUCAUGUUAGCCGUUUGUCAAAAAGGUGUUUUAGUCACCUGUUUUGAAACUACAUCUAAUCAGCUGAUCAACAAUGGAAUCUAAAUCUGAAUAACACAUAUGACCUUCAGAUCAUUCUGUAUUUAUGACUUUUGUGUAUUUGUUUUAUUGGUAUUGAUCUGUAAAUAUUUAAUCUUUGUAGUGUGUAGCAGAAAAUGAUCAGUUUUCAGAUCAUUUAAAAAUAUUCAUGUCCUUCCAUGCAAUAAAUUAUACACAAGUUUUCAUUAAACUAUUUUUUAAGGAAAAUGAUCAACGAGAAAACAACUUUUACUUUUAACAAAUGAAAACAUCUGUAUAAAAAUAUAUUAUUCCAUUAAUAUACAAUAAACAGUUGGUUAACCAA